AUGAACUUUUUACGAAACCGACCGAGCCGUCGACUACAUCAUCAAAAUUUCGUCGACGGUUCGUAAGGAGGCAAGCUGCUGGUGUACGUUUGUCGAUGUUGUCGUUCGUCGGUGCGGAAUAAACAAGUGGUGUGUGCGGUAAAUAAUGCCCGAAAUAUGAGGAAGGCGUAUUUAGUACGAUGUGAUCUCGAGCGUGUACCAUCAGCAGACGCAGUGGAGGUGAAAUUGCGAGAACGGUUCGCGGUAGUGUCAGCAGGUGGAAUGGAAUGAAACAUCACAUUCGAAGAAUUGGGCAAUUUAAAGAUGGUAACUUGCAACGUAUGGACCCGAAUUCCGCAGGAAACGCUAUGAGAUGCAUAUAUCCGAAUCACGCCAGUCUUCAAACACCAUCUUGACAAAAUGUUCAAAAAUGACAGAAGAAAAGCACAAAAGACAUGGCAUGAAUGGAAAUGCUGAUGGGGUUAUCAAAGACGAGCCUCCGAAGACCAGCUAUGUGCAGGGAGGGCGACUCAAGUUCUUCAAAGAUGGAAAAUUUAUUCUGGAACUGGAGAGGGCCAGAGAGGGCGAACGGGUCUCGUGGGUCUCCGUGCCCAGGAAAACAUUCUGGCCACCGCAAGGCACUGCCGCCUCCACGCCCUCGUACCGACAAGAAAGCAGUGCUUCGCUGAGUGUUUCAGACGACAACAGUUCGAUCCAGUCGUCGCCUUGGCAGCGCGACCACUCGUGGAAGCAGCCGUCGCCGCGCCGCAACCAGUCGAAAGAGUUGGUGUUCUUUUUCUGGCGUCCGAAACACAAACGUUCAUUUAGCAAAAUUCGAAAGUCACGUCGUCCGUACACAGAAAUCGUCGACGAAGUGGGUGUUGUGAAUGAAAGGACUUCGAAAGAUGAGGUGUCAAAUAACAAUUGCAAGAGUCGCGUGCGUGCUUCCUUGCUCGUCAUCGUGCAAAACCUGUCGGAGAAGGCGGCGGGCGGCGGUGCGGGCCGCGGCGACGUCGUCGUCUCUCCGCGAAAACGCUUCUUGCGCGAAAUGGAAAAGGACAAGGUGCAAUCGGAGGACGGUUGCCAGAAGAGAAGCAGGAACAAGACGCCACAGGUGACUGCCAAAAUUGGCAGUCCGGUUAGUGCGAACGGGGUUACAGAAGACGUGAAGCCGGCGCGCAAUUGCAGCUACAGCAUCACUUCCUUGUUGGCUGAAGAUCGUAACGUUAAGCGGUCACCUAGCAGCUCUCCUAGUCACUUUAAUACUGUGACGCAAUCGCAGUACUGUUCGCCUUCCUCAGAGGAUAGGUGGUAUUCGGAAAGCGUUGAUAGGUUGCGUUCCAUUGAACUCUCAGCCGAUAAAAGAGGUUAUCCUCCUUAUCCCCAUCCUUCAUACUUACCCCAUUAUAUGUACCCUUACCCUCUAUCACCAUACUAUGGUCCCGGCGUUUACGGAAGAGGUUACGUUAUGCCGCCUGUCUACCAGGCUCCCCCCAUGUCCAUAACAAUGCGUCAUGAUACUCCUUCCUGUUCCUGGGCAGCGGACCCUCCCAGGGAUUUAGAACGUCGGGAUGAUAAUAUUACAGAUAUGCCGUUGAAUCUGUCUAAACACGCCGGUUGAACCGGACACGUGCCUUCCAUUUGUUACAACUAUAUCAAUAUUUUUAUAUUAAUUAAAGUAAUUUUUAUUCUCAUAUCGUUCUAUUAAACGAAGGAACAAGACGGCAUUCGGAAUUUUUUUUCAAUAUUUUGAUGUUGUUAUUUUGUUGUGUGAUACAUAUUUUGUGGGUAAAUACUUGUUGUUUUGGAAAAAUAAUAAAACGAAAAAAUUUAGAAAAGUCUGUGUGGUUUUCAUGUGUAAAAAUAGUAAAUAUUUAUAGCUUUAAAGCAUACUAUUGUGCAAUUGACAGCUGAACAAGCAAAAAGUGUAAUUAUGAUUGGAGGUGUAUUCGAAAUUUUCUAAAUUCGCUUCUGUUUUAUUUGGUAUAUUUUAAUAGUUAGUUUUAUAUAUUUUCUCUUUAAUCGCCAAAUGUAUAUAUCAACAGUCAUUUUUGUUAUUUUUGUAAAUAUUAAAUAUAUUUUAGAGUGUUAAUUUAUCAGUGUGUUGCCAUGUUGCUCGUACUUGCUUUUGCAUUGGAAUCCUCUCGUCUUUGCGUAAAACAGCAGCGUUUUAAUUGUUCAUUAUUAUUUUACCAUCGUUUUUAUUUUAAACAAUGACAAAUUUGAUACAUAAUACAUUAAUUUUCGCUUUUUUUUAAACACUAGUCCAAGGUUAAGGCAUGUAUGAACAACUCGAGAUGUAAAUUUAUUUUGCCCAUCAAAAAAUUUAAAGUAUUCAUUUUAUGCAGUACAACCUUCAAAUUAUUUUAAUGAAUUGUUCAAGUUCCUUUUCUUAUGGUCUAAAAUGUAAUUUUGAGAAAUUAAGUUGUGUAAAUACUUACGUGUGACAUUUUACCAUUAAGAUAACAAAUUUGUAUAAAUAUCUAUAUUUUCGUACGGUUCAUUCUUCUUGAAAAGAUUCAACGCGUAAUCUUUAAAAGACAAUAGAUAGGUCUAUGUAAAAUAUAUUUUUUUUAAUUAGGAGACUCUAUUUAUAGUCAGGAUAUUUAUAGAUUUAUUUCUUCAUAUUUAAUACAUUUAUUAUGUAGAGUAUUCAACAUGUUUUUGUGCCAUUUGCUAUUAACAUAAUGUUCUUCAAAAUAAUGUAUUUUUUUAAUGGUGCGAUUUAUGACUAAAUUACGUUAAGGAUAACUUAUGAGGAAGUUACAGUUAUAAUUAUUUUUAAUGCCAAAGCGAGUAUUAACUCUUUUGAGAUCAUUUAGUUGCCUUGUUUUAUUUUCAUGUUAAUAACAUUUAACACUAUAACUUUAUUGGCACUUAACUUAUUGUGAUAUGAGUAAAUAUUGAAACUUGUAUAAUUACAAGAGUCCAACCCUUGAACUGAGUAUUUAUACUUGUAUUUCUAUGAUUGAUUAAACUCUACAGUGUAUAUUGUACAUUCAAAUACACACAUAAAGUAAUCGA